AUGGUGUACUUGGUUGAAACUUACAGAAAAGAAGAUGAUCCACUGUUCCCCAAGGACACGCAAAAACGAGCUCUUAUCAACCAAAGAUUGCUGUUUGACUUGGGCACCUUGUACCCUGCUUUUAUCGAUCAAUACGACUUCUUGUUUACUUUUGGUCAUGCGAAAAGAACAAACUAUAAAGAAAAGAAACUCCACAAAGCGCUCGGGGUUUUGGAAACAUUUCUGACAUCUUCCGAUUGGGUUGCUGGCGAUUCAAUGACUUUGGCCGAUAUAUCUUUGGUAGCUUCUAUUUCAGCCUUUGAGGUUUCCCGUGUUGACUUGAAUAUGUACGAAAAAGUCUCUAAAUGUCUUAAAAUGUGCAAGACUACAAUGGUGGGAUACGAAGAAAUCAAUGAAGUAGGGGCAGAACGAUUAAAAGAAUUUGUAGACAAAAGAUUUGCUGAAACAGAUUCUUAA